UGCAUCCGGUUCCGACCUGCGCCAUUUUGAUGAAACAGCGAGGGUAGAAGCCGUUUGGAACACAGAUAUGGAUUUUAUGGAUUUAAACUGAAGAUUCAUCUGGAUACACAACUUUCAACUUUUCGUGAUGGAUCAUAACCGCGCACUGAAGAGGAACCCUUGCAUCAUGAUUGCCUAACUGGUGGAUUUGUUAGAUUAUUCGAUAGCUAAUUUGGGCAACAUUGUUAGCAUAGCAACGUUAGCUUUUGUUAGGCAUGUUACAUGUUGUGGUACCGUUAGCUAAUCUCGAGGUGUAGCAUGUUAGCCUUGGCAUUAGCUAACUAGCUAAUUUCGCUUUUCAACGGUAGAUUUCGAUUUCAGAAUACUCUCUUCAAGGUCUCACGUCGAUAACGUAACAUUUGUGGACUCGUUGCGGAAGCUUUUGUGGACUUUUUUUGUGGAGCUCGGUGGGAUUUGUCUUGACUUGACAAAUAAGAACUGUUUCAACAAGGCAAAAACACUUAAGGACUGAUGCUCUGGAAACCCCAGGCCCGCUGUUAGCUACACCAGCGUCCUGUAGCUCGGCGGCCCGGGCUUUCCACCAAAGACAAUUCACGGCGGACCUGGGCUCAUUCACACCCUGUUAUAGAUUCACGUUGUGCUGCAUGGACGCUCUUGGAUUUGGUGGCACUUUGUUAUGUUUGAUCGGACUCUAAAGAACUGAACAGGCACACGGUGCCGCUCAAUGGCACUCUGGCCUCACAUCUCAAUUAUUUUUCUUUUGCAAUAACAAAGACUCUUUCGUAAUUUGCGAGCUGAACCCUUCCCCCCCAUUUUACUACUUUAUUUGUCUGCAGUGUUUCAGCGAAUAUAAAGAAGGUUUAUCAAUUAAAGUCACCAGUUUAGCUGUGUUCAGUGUUGACGCUGUUUUAUUUUAUCAUACCAGGCCUGUGUUUUUUUUCUUGUGCUUGAUUGACUUAAGUGCUUAGAUCUGUUAAAAUGUCGUGUGUUCACUAUAAGUUUUCUUCCAAACUGGACUACAACACAGUCACUUUCGAUGGACUGCAUAUCACCCUCAACGAGCUUAAAAAGCAGAUUAUGGGCCGAGAGCGCCUCAAGGCCACAGACUGCGACCUGCAGAUCACCAAUGCGCAGACUCGAGAAGAAUACACAGAUGAUGAAAUCCACAUCCCGAAGCACUCGUCCGUGAUCGUUCGCCGUACUCCGCUUGGUGGAGUAAAACCUGCUGGCAGGACGUUCAUUGUAGAUCGUUCUGACACAGCUGUGGUGGGAUCUUCUAGACCCACUGAUUCUUCUCCAUCUAUGUCACUUGCCCAACUCGCCAAGACGGCUAACCUGGUUGACGCUAAUGCAUCAGAGGACGACAAGAUUAAAGCCAUGAUGUCUCAGUCCAAUCAUGAAUAUGACCCAAUACAUUACUCCAAGAAGGCAGUUGGACCUCCGCCUGCUCACUAUACCUGCUUUCGUUGUGGAAAGGCUGGCCACUAUAUUCGACAAUGCCCCUUGCUCCUGAUCCAGGAUAAGAGCGUGGAGGGUCCUAAGCCAGUAAGGAUCAGUAAAGGCAUUCCUCAGAGCUUCAUGGUGAAAGCAGAGCCAGGCACUAAGGGAGCCAUGUUAACCAGCACCGGAGAAUACGCCAUACCUGCAAUAGAUGCGGAGGCAUACGCACAAGGAAAGAAGGAGCGGCCUCCGUUUGUUCCGCACGACCAGUCAUCAUCUGAGGACGACACAGACCCAAUCCCCGACGAACUGCUGUGUCCGAUCUGCAACGACCUCAUGACGGAUGCCGUAGUGAUACCCUGCUGUGGAAACAGUUACUGUGACGAUUGUAUCAGAACAACCUUAUUGGACUCCGAGGAGCACAUCUGCUUCACAUGCAAACAGUCAGACGUUUCACCGGAUAAUCUUAUCGCCAACAAGUUUCUUAGACAGGCUGUCAAUAACUUUAAGAAUGAGACGGGAUACACCAAACAAUUGCGCAAGCAGGUCCAAAAUUCAGCCCCGCCUCCACCGCGCCUCCAGCUGCUCCGGCAGUCCAGGCAGCAGGACCCACUGAUGGCUCACAUCCCUCAGCCCCCUCCUCCUCCUCCUACUCCUACGAUCACCCCCCCCACUGCCCCCACUGCCCCCCCAGUAAGGGUCCCGUCUCCCGCAGCUGCUCCUUCACCUGCUGCUGCUGCUCCUGCCCCUGCAUCUCCUUCUGCUCCUACCCCUCCUCAUGCUGACUCUGUUGAAGAACUGUUGAAGGAGGUUGAUUCUCCAGCCCCCGAACCUGUUGUUGACCACCACUCUCCUAUGCACUCCACCAGCCACAGUGAACCACCCCCACGCGGUGAGGUGGAUCCUGAACCUUAUGUGAGACCAGACUCAUCAGGACCCUCGGAAAGUGGACCACCGCAGAACUACCGUUUACCUGUAAUGGGCCACCCGCCACCUUUAAGGCCACCUCCUCCUCAUCCUCCUCAUCUUCCUCAUCCUCCUCCUCAUCCUCCUCAUCCUCCUCAUCUUCCCGGUCACCAGUCCCGGCCACACCACCAAUCUCACAGGGGGGGAGGCAGGCCCUGGGAGAGGUUUAACAGAGGCAGACCGGAGCACCCCCCCCCUUACCUCCAGACAGGCCCACCCCCUGCACCUAUUCCUCCAAUGUACCCCGCACCCUCCAUGUACCCUCCCCCACCACAGUCCUACCCACCUCCGUACUCCUCUGGCCCUGGCCUUCUCCCUCCUGUCAUGGGUUACCCACCCCAGCCUGUGUAUGUCCCCGGACCACCACGGCUGAACCCCCCCUGGGUUCCCCCUGGUGUCCAGCCCCCUCUUAUGCCCCUGCCCCCCAUGCCUCAGCCCCCCCUCUCUAAAGAAGAUUUCUACAGACAGCGACACCACAGACAAGAAAAUGUCACAUCCAAACUAGAUGAAUUUACUAAAGACUUCCACAAAGAGCUUAUGAAGUACAGAAAUGCACCAAAGAGAAGAAAACCAUCUUAUUCAAGAUCCCGGUCCUACAGUCGCUCUCCGUUCAGCCGUUCUCCUUACUCUCGCUCCAGAUCAAGAUCCAGGUCCUACUCUUAUUCCCCGAGUCGAUCCCGCUCACGCUCCCAUGGCCGCUCCUAUCCCCGCUCCCCUUAUUCAAGACGUAAUGGACGUAGUUAUGGACGCUCACGUUCAAGGUCCCGCUCUCGCUCAAGGUCUUAUGGAUAUCGGCGCUCUGGCUCCCCACGGUCCCCUCCCCCUUUCCGCCCAGGAGGCUGGGAGGGAGCAGAAGGAGCCGGACCCGGACCCGGACCCGGUCCCGGUCCCGGUCCCGGUCCCGUACCCUACAGGUCACGCUCUCGCUCCCCUGGCCCUGGCCCUGCUGGUUUCCGUCCCCGCAGCCCUGGAGGACGAAAGCCGCCCCCCCGGGAGCUCCCGCCGUAUGAAAUGAAGGGUCCGAGUCCUGGUGGCAAUGACCGCUGGGAAAAAGAAAGGUAUCGACAGUGGGAGAAGGAAUAUGCAGACUGGUACAACAAGUACUACAAAGGCUAUGACAACCAACAUCCCUCAAUGCAUCACAAAGGUCGUGGCAGCAGAGACAGGGAGAAGGACAGAAUGUCCCCAUUAAAUAGAGACUACUCCCCCCAAGGGAGAGGAAGAAGAGGGCGUGAAGAGAGAGGUGCCCCCCCUCAUCAUCCUCAGUCUUCCUCCUCCUCGGCCGCCAAGUCCAGUUCCAAACUCUUAAAGACAAAGAAAGUAAAGAAGAAGAGGACUGGGGACGAGUCUGAGUCAUCCCAUCAGUCAGUGGACAGAGGGGACGCUACUCCUGUCAGAGACGAGCCAAUGGACGAUGUGCCUUCACUCCUUAAAUCUCCUCCUUCUUCCUCAAAGGCUUCAGCUGGAGCCGCAUCCUCUAAAGCCGCAUCCUCUAAAGGCGCAGCCAGCAAACCCUCAACCAAGUCAACAUCGAAGACUCCGUCCGAUAAGACGAAGAAAGACAAGGCACUGAAGGUCAAAGCUAAGGUCAAGACAGAGGGCGUGAAGGUUAAGACGGAGAAGGUGAAGAAAAAGACUGUGGAGGCAGUUGUUAGCAAAAAGAAAGACUCUUCCUCCUCUUCCUCUUCCUCUGCCACUAAGCCGCUAAAGACCGUUAAACCCAAACAAGAAGAUGCCCCAAACCCAACUACCCCUAAAAAGGAAAAGAGUAAAAGCUCAGCAGUGAGGCCCCCCCUGCUAAAGACCCCUCCACUGUCCUCUCUACACCAUCCCUCUCUUCAUGACGGGCUUCGCCAGGGCCACGACAUCCACGGGAGAAGGGAUCUCCCCCAGGGCGGUGGUCUCCUCCCCCUCCCUCACCAACACGGACUCCCUCUCCUCCUCCACCGCCCUCCCUCCCCUGACAGUCGGAGGAGAAUGGGUGACGAGGGCCGCUCUAUUCUCGGACCCCCUCCUGGAAAGCUGAGGAGAAUUGAUGGGCUCGGGGGUGGAGGUGGAGUUGAUGUCAUGUCCCAUUCCCACAUGUCUCACCAGCCCCCCCUCCACAGACUCCCCCACUCAGACAGACCGGGUCUUCUUCCCAUACCAGGGAGCCGCGAGAUGGGCCGGGGAGAAGCAGAGCGAGGGUCCAUCCGACCGCUCAUGGACCUUCAGGUGAAGCCCCUGACCCAGAGGAGGAUCAAGUUGAACAGAGAUCUGGGGAGAAAAGGCAGCACUGAGACCCCACCCUCAGACAGAGCCCCGUCGGGUCCCGAGAAGACGCCCUCCUCCUCGGACCGAUCAGCUGCGGCUAACGUGUCCGAAGGAGACCGAGCCAGCAGUGCAGCAGAAGCAGCCGGAAGGAAGGAGCGGUCUGCAUCUGCUGAGAGGGGGGUCUCCAGAGAGAGACCAGGAAGUGCUGGAGACAGACCUCAGGGAUCGGACAGGGAGCAGAGCAGAACCUCGGGACAGGACAGAGAGCGAGACAGAGGGUCUGACAGAGACCGAGAGAGAGGCACUGCGUCUGAGAGGGACAGAGAGAGAGGCACGCCAUCCGAAAGAGACCGAGAGAGAGGCACACCGUCCGACAGAGACCGAGAGAGAGACAGGGGAUCACAGAAGAUCGCAGUCACGGUGGAGAGAGACCCUGAAGCUGAGAGGUCGGUGAGGACGGAGCGAAAGAACUCCGGUUCAGGAGGGCGGUCUGUCUCUCUGGAUAAAAUGACCAUCGCAGAGAAGUCGUCCACCUCCAGGAGCUCCACAGAGCCUCAGGAGAAGCCGAGCACAUCCUCCAAGGAGAGAGGCGAAGGGUCAGAACGAUCGGCUAAAUCUCACAGGAGUGUGUCAAAGGACAGAGCGGAGAGGAGUGUCCCUGCAGGAGAGAAGCCAGCUGCUGCUGCUCCUCACAGAGAAGCGGUUAAAGACAGUGAGGGGCCAGUUGUUAAAAGCAAACCGAAGAUCAGCAGGAAGGUCCUGACCAGCUCCACAAAGUCAACUCAAGAAACAAAGCGAGAGUCAGACAAAGAUCAGAAGAGUGCCUCCUCCAAACCUGCAGAGCAGCCUCCCUCCAGCCCUGUGGGCGCCCGCAGCCCGAGCCUCAGCCCGGCAGCGAGCCCCGCUAGGGAGGAGCCGGUCAUCCAGCCCCCCCCUCGCUCCAAGUGGGAGAGAGAAGAGGACGAAGAAGGCCAGGAAAACGGACUUACUGCACCCAAGGAGCCCUCACCAGCACCACAGAAGAGCCGAGGCAGGGAGGGGCAGAGCGAAGCACCUAAACCCGUCAGGGGGGAGGGUCAGGAUGCAACCAGGGAGGAGAGGAGAGGAGUCACAAGGGAAGAGAAGAAGGCGAGGGCACCCAGGGAAGAGGGUAAAGGUGGGAGGACGACACAGACAAAUUCUGACAAACCAACCAAAAUCAAACUUGGGAGGGAGGAGGGGAGAGGAGGAAGAGAGGAAGGCAGAGCUGCAAAGAGAGAUGAGGGGCGAGGAGUGACAGGGAAGGAGGAGAGGGCUGCAGAAGGCAGAGGGGUGGGAGGACCAGAGCCCAGGAGACAGCGCCUGUGCUCGGACCUCGGUCGGGAGACAGACGAGGCCGCCUUUGUGCCCGACUACAGCGAAGGAGAGGGGUCAGAGGCGGAGAGAGGGAGGAGCGGCAGCGCCAGCCUCUCCAACAGCCAACCCUCCACCCCCACCCCUAGCAACCACAGCGGCACGGCAACAUCCACCACCGGGGACAAGAAGAAGAAGAAACACAAGAAACAUAAGAAACACAAGAAACACAAGAAGCACAGCGUCCAGGAGAAAGAAGGAGAGCAAAAGGAGCACAAGCACAAACACAAGAAAAAGAAACACAAAAAGAGCAAGGACAAAGAUGUGGAGGAGGAAGACGAGGAGAAGAUGGAGAAAGCAGAGGAAGUGGCUUCUUGCUAACAGGGGCUAGGCUAAUACUGCCGCCCAAAUUCUGUGACGUUCCUUGUUAACGAGGAGAUAAUGAUGCAUCUAGAAAUAUCCGCUAACACUGGCUUGCUGCUCCUUGUGCCACUCUGAAGGAAAUGGAUGAAACGAGUCUUUGUCCCUGACGCUGGCUGUCUUUCACUUCAUGUCACGGCAGCGUUAUGACCCCUUCCUUUAAUGUUCAACGUGAGCCUCUUCUUUGUGACUUUGGGUCAAAACUCUGGAGUGAAACUGAGCUGCACUAUUGUGAUCAAACUAGCGCCCGCCAGAAAGGACUUUUAUGGAGAUAACUGAUCACACAGCAGUGAAUUGAAACGAUAGGAAUAACAAACACUGUACUCAGGGAUGUGAUUGCUUCUCUGUAGACGAGGAAUCACUCUUUCUCCGCCUCUGAUUAAUUUGUAAAUAGAGAUGAACUAUUGCUUCUAAUAAUAAUCAUUUCUGCUCGGUUUGUUUUGCUCACAUCCCUGUGUGCUGUUCAAGGUUAACUUACUGAAUGACCUUCAUUGUAAUGAGGGCCGCUCUUUGUUUAGGGACUGUACUUUGGUUUUGUCUGUUAUAGCAGAUUAAGUUCAAAAUCGUUUAUGCUUUUCAUGACUGCUAACCAUUUUCAAGCCUUAUCUCAUUUUCAGGCAGCCGUUGGUUUCAAUCAUUGUAGUAGUUUUUCUUUUGGUACUUAACAGAUGUAAAAGGGAGGCAACAAAACCUUCUUGCAAGGUUAACAUUUCUUACCAAACGUAAUAAGAAAGAAAUCCAGUAAUUCUUUGGAAAUGGUUAGCAUUUAUUUGUUAUUGAUGUGCGAAAGCCGGCAGAAUCGCCGGUAUGGUCCUUUUUUAAGUUAAAACAAAUCAUUAUGUGGCCAUGCCACAGUGGAUUGUUUGAAUCUAGGAUGUGUUUAUUAAUAAUGUCAAAUCGGUCGGCAUGUUUUUGUUCCAAAGGUGCAGUAGCUGUACAUUAUUCGUCUUGAGUGAGUGAAUGUGUCGGUGUGAAAGUGAAAUGUGACAGAAGUGAGGCGAAGUGGAGGACAGGUGUUCUUACAGACGAGUUGUUACUUUUCUUUUUUUUAUUAAAAUGUUUUGACCUGA